CUAUCGACUGCUGCGGCGCGUGAUCUUGUGUCUCCGAAGGGCGUCCUCGGCAAGUUCUGGCCUGUCUGUGGUGCGGGCUUCGCAAAAAUCGCGUCGCACCAACCUCGGCGACUCCUGAAUCAUGGACUUGCUCGUAGAAUCAGCGACGUCGGACGUGCGAAUGGGCCUAGUGGAUUUCGGGGUUAAUCUCGAAAUUUGUGAUGCUCUGGAGAGGAAUCCUUCCGAUGCGGUCACCAUGGCAUUCGCGGUGAAGAAGCGCCUGGGCAAGAAUGACGCACAUGUCACGGCAUUGUCAUUGACCUUGUUGGAGAUGUGCGUGAAGAAUUGCGGCGAAGCUGUUCACGCGGCCGUGGGGCAGCAGCAGAUCCUGAGUGAAAUAGCAAAACUCUGCGAGGGUGGCAGUGGUGAAGAGGUCAAGAGGCAGGCUCUGGCACUAGUGCAGCAAUGGGGCGUCGCAUUCGAGUCGCGCGACGCAUUGCCUGCGUUCGCGGACACGUAUACAGCGCUCAAGGUCAAGGGGUUUGAAUUUCCCACAGGGAAUGAGGAGAACGCGCCUGUGUUUACGCCGCCACGCCAAGAUGGGACUGUCGUUCAGGAUGAUGCGGUGUAUGCGGCUGCGCUUGCCGACGGGAGCCUCGAUCGUGCCAACGCCCUCGCCAAGGUCCGUGCAGACGUAGAGAUCGUGGCAGAAAAGAUUCGACUCUGCAAGGAGAUGGUCCCCAACAGCCCUGGCAUUGACCACGAUGAUGCACUCGCCGAGGUUGUCGGAUUUCUCGAGGCUUGUCGCCCACGCCUGGCAAUACUUGUCGAAUCUGGCCUCUCUGGCGCAUUCGGCGACGAGACCCUCACAUCUUGCCUGAAGGUGAACGACGACCUCCACGAAGCGUUGCAGGGCGAGGCCAAACCGAGGGUGUACGAAGCACCAGGCCUUCCCAAGCCGCCUUCACCGCAGAAUCUCCUCCCCCUCGACCUCGACGACGACGAAGACGAUGCCCUUUCCCGGGGACCCAAGGCAGCCAGUCUUAUCCUGCAGCCACCGCCAGCCACCACGGCCGAGCCUUGUCUGCUCGACAUCGAUUUCACGGCGACGCCGCCUGCCGUGGAUGCGCCACUACCCGACAAACUUCCCUGAAGCCAGAAGCCGAUACAGAUGCGUGACUCGAGUGAACUCUCCGGUCACUGAGCCAAGUUACUUUCCGAAAGUUAGGUGGCGCGGCUCUUCCUCGCACGCGCCCCCACGUGCAAGGUCGCUAGGACUGCGCAUGGCGCGCACAUUUCUCGCGCCAUUGGUGCACCUGGGGCACUUAAGACCCGAACGCGGGAAAUCCGACGCUUU